UGAUUACCAUCAAAAGGUAGAAUCGGUAUCUAUUCUUCAAUAAUUGGAAGAUAUGAUGCUGAUUAUUAGUGAGGUCGUGCAUCUUCUUCCGAUUUGAGAAGAUGAUAGAGGGCAAUUUGGGAAAAUAAAAACUAUCGGGAGGGAAUGGAAUAAAAAAACGGGGGUACCCCAAGAAAUGAAAACACGGUAAUUUGAAAUUUUGAAUGAAUGGAAUUGCUUCAAUGAUGGGUCUUUCCAUUCCUUACCAAACAUGCCUUUUUUCCAUUACCCCUCGAUACCAUAUUCCAUUCCUUAGUGAGUGGUGUUUUUUUGUCAAAAGCAAAACAUGCAACCUUCAACCUAAAGUUCAUAUAAUCAUGCUGUUCAAAGGAAGUCUCCUAACUAAAUGAUUCACUUCUGCGGAUGGGUCUAAUUGGACCAACAAGAUGGUCUUGAGCAUGUGAUAUUAUUGUUGGUAUUUGAGCCUGUAUUCAACAAUCAUGAAAGCGAGGAUUCAAUCUGUCGUCGAGAAUGGGAGCAUUCUCUUUCAGCAAAAUAGCAAGAUAACCCAGUUUGGCAAAACGGGUAGGGUCGAAGAAGCCUGUAAAUUGUUCAACGAAAUGACUCAUCGGAACACUGUGACAUUCAACUCGAUGAUCUCUGUCUACGCGAAAAAUAGAAGAGUUAAAGAUGCAUUAAACCUAUUCGAUAAAAUGCCUCGCCGCAAUCUUGUUUCUUGGAACACGAUGAUUGCGGGUUGUUUGCACAAUGACAGAGUCGAAAAGGCACGUCAGCUGUUUGAUCAAAUGCCUCAAAGAGACGUUUUCACCUGGACUCUGAUGAUCACUUGCUAUACUCGGAACGGGGAGCUUGAAAAGGCGAGAAAUUUAUUUAAUUCAAUGCCUGAUAAGACGAACCCAGCUUGUUGGAAUGCUAUGAUUUCAGGCUAUGUAAAUCAUAGAAAACUUAAGGAAGCUAGACAACUGUUCGAUGAAAUGCCUGUGAAAGAUUUAGUCUCUUGGAAUUCAAUGCUUGGAGGUUAUACCCAGAUUGGAGAAAUGAGUAUAGCUUCAAAGUUCUUCGAGCAAAUCCCAGUCAAAGAUGUAGUUUCCUGGAACUUAAUGGUCGAUGGGUUUUCUCAAAUUGGUGAUUUCGAUUCUGCUUGGAGUUUCUUCAAGAGUACCCCGAAUCCAAAUAUCAUUUCUUGGGUCACAAUCUUAUCUGGGCUUGGUAGAAACGGUCAAAUCAUGGACGCCAGGAAACUGUUCGAUGAAAUGCCAGUUAAGAAUACAGUCUCAUGGAACGCCAUGAUAGCAGCUUACGUCCAAAACUCCCAAAUCCAUGAAGCUUUAACCCUAUUCAACCAAAUGCCAGAAAAAAACGCAGUCUCGUGGACCACCAUGAUCAAUGGAUACGUACGUAUUGGUAACAUAGACCAAGCCCGCCAACUGCUCGAUCAAAUGCCAUACAAAAACACCGGAGCUCAAACUGCAAUGAUCUCAGGAUUCGCCCAAAACAAUAGAAUCAUCGAGGCCCGUGAAAUCUUCAAUCAAGUACACAAUCGAGAUACUGUUUGUUGGAACACGAUGAUUGUGGGUUAUGUUCAAAACGGAAUCAUGGAGGAAGCCCUCGAUCUUUUCAAAAAGAUGGUGAAAAAAGACGUGGUUUCUUGGAACACCAUGAUUGCAGGUUAUGGUCAAGAUAAUCAAAUGGAUAAAGCCCUUGAUUUCUUCAACAAAACAGAACACAAGAACAUAGUCACUUGGAAUUCCUUAAUCUCGGGUUUUACCCAUAAUGGGUUUUACAUUGAUGCAUUCAAGUAUUUUGGUUUAAUGUUACAAAAUGGUUAUAAACCAGAUGAAUCUACAUAUGCUUCAACUUUAAGCUCAUCCGCAAAUUUAGCAUCUUUACAUUUGGGGACACAAGUUCAUCAGAUAGUUUUGAAGACAGGUUAUGAAGAAGACAUAUAUGUGAUAAACUCUUUGAUUACUAUGUACGCAAAAUGUGGUCACAUGUCAAGGGCAAAACGGGUAUUUUGUUAUACUACACGGACAGAUGUCGUGUCGUGGAAUUCUUUAAUCGAUGGGUAUGCUUUGAAUGGAUACGGGAAAGAGGCGGUGAAGGUAAUGGAGGCUAUGGAGGUCGCCGGAGUUAUCCCGGAUGAGGUCACGUUCAUCGGUGUUUUAUCUGCGUGUAGCCAUGGUGGUUUGGUGGAUGAAGGGUUUAGGGUUUUUGAAUCGAUGGUUAAAAAGUACUCGAUUGAUCCGUUGCCGGAGCAUUAUGGUUGUAUGGUGGACUUGCUUGGAAGAGCAGGGCGGCCGGAAACCACCUUACAGAUGGUGGAGGAGAUGAAAAUGGGUGGUAAUGCGGGGGUGUGGGGUGCUUUGCUCGAUGGUUGUCGUGCGGGGGGUGAUUUGAAGGUGGCGGAAGUUGUGGCGGAGAAGCUGGCGGAGAUUGAACCGGAGAAGGGUUCGGGUUUUGUGAUGUUGUCGAAUGUGAAUGCGGCGGCAGGACGGUGGGAGGUGGUGGAGAGAGUGAGGGAGAAGUUGAAAGAGAGAAGAGGAUUGAAGCAACCGGGGUGUAGUUGGAUUGAGGUUAGAAAUCAAGUUCAUGUCUUUGUGUCUGGUGAGGGGUUGAAGGGAGAAAAUAGUAAUUUUGGUGGCGACUUGAAGGCACUAUUGGCUCAUGUUAGUGACACAAAUGAAACCUUUUUUUGAUGCUACAUAGAUUAGACAUAAGAAAUGUGAGCAUAAAUAUGGUAUACGAUUUACAUAUCUACAUGACUACAAGAGAAUGUUAGUUAUGCAAAGUCAAUUAGAUGUUGGAAAAUUCUACAAGGAUCAUGAACCUUCAAGAAAUAUCAAGAAGAUGAUGGAAGGAUAAAAUGGCAAAAGUUGUCUAGAAACUUUCUUGUAAAUAUUUAGAACAUAAUUUUCUAGAACAGUUUCCAUUUAUUUGUUGUCUACUAUAAAUAGAUAGUUACUUGUAAUUUGUUUGUAUACAUAUCUUAUUUUGAGUAGACAAUGUAGUUCUCUCCUAUAUAAGCACUUGAAGAGUAAUAGAGGGAUUAUAAUUCUCAUUUA